UCUCUAUCCUUCUCUUGCAAAUUAUCCGUUUUAGGAUGCUCGGUUAGCAGUCAAUUUUUAGGUGUUGCGAGGAUCUGCCAAAUUAUAGAGUAUGUAACGCAGUGAUUACCGAAUUUAUCGUAUGUGAUAAUCGUAUCAUGAUCAUGCACUAUCGAUUGGGAAUGCACUCCUUUGCCAAGUAAUAUUCAAGGCAAAUAUAAAAUAUUCAGCACCAGCGCCGUCAUGGAACCCGGCUGUUGUUUGCCUGGAUUAGAUAGCGAGUACCUCACUCCCAGCCAGGAUUCAUCAUGGGAAAAUUUUCAAACCGUGCUCGCUGUACCGCAAAGGAUCGAACGCGGUGGAACGCAGCGGCGGUUGCAGGGACCGAUCUUUUGCGCUGUGUGCCAGCAGUUUCUGGAGGAGCCCUGUUGGUUCCAUGCCAAGAGCAUUCCCAAUGAAAGCGUCGUUCCCUUCGCACUGGCCAGUCUACCCGAUAUCUUGUAUUUGGAUGUUUGCACCAAUUCCUGUACAGGGAAAAAAGUGUUAGCCAAAGGCAGUAUUCCGCCGCAGACAAUUUUUGGCCCACUAGUUGCUGCAACGGCGGAAAUCAGGAAAGAAAGCACGGUGUACGCCUUUCCCAGUCCGGAGGAUGGCCAGUUGCGUUUCUUCCAGCUGGACUCGGAGCUCUUCUCCAACUGGAUGCGCUACGUGCGUUUCGCGGAGAAUCCGGCGGAGGAGAAUCUGGCCGUCUAUCUCCGCGGAUCGCAAGUUGUCUUCGUCAGCUUGCGGGCUAUUUUUCCCGGCGAAGAACUGAAAGUCGGCUAUUCUGCUAAAUACGCCAGAACCAUUGGACGCACGAAUAGGCUGAGCGAGACACAGGAUAGUGAGGGUUUUUAUGUGGCAGGUGUGGAGACCGUGGAACGCAAUGCAAGCGCUCUGCCACAGAACCUUCCCAAGAGAACGUGUGCAGCCGUUGACACAGCAGACUGGGAUUUCGAUUCACUGGAAACAUCGUUACCUGGAAGUACGGAAAACGUUCUUCUUCCGACUGCGCCGCCAAUUUCGGCCAAUACAGUCCUCAGUGAUCCGUCACCUGCCAUUGCUAGUUCCACCAAGUUGGAUGCAGUAUUAACGACCGUCCGCCCGUCCUUGUGUUCGGAUGCGAUUAAUAGAAACAGCGAUGGUAAAAAAACUGCGAUCACACAUUGGGUGGUGACAGAAGAUCUCCCGGUGCGCCGUGAGGUGCAGCAACGUGUUCCGGGCCAGUUGAAACGAAAGCGAGGCAGACCACAAAAAUCGGACACGGUGAACAAAGAUGAUUGCCGGCAACAGGUGAAACGAGAGCUAGACGUAAAAUCCGACACUUUCGAAUAUUAUAAUCAGGAAACGGUGAAGCGGAAGCGAGGCCGACCACGAAAACAACCAAUUGUGGAUCAAGGUGGUAAUUUGGCCCUUGCGGCACAAAACCCAAAAGACCUAACAGUUUCACCUGUGAAGGCAACUUCUCUCCCAACCAGCCGCGCAUCAGAUGCAGGUGGAAAUGCGGUGCUUCCGGCGUCGUCCAAGAGCAUUGACGUUGCAGCAGUUCAAGGGAAUGCGACGCGCGAAGAUUCUCCGGAGAUCGACUAUCAUCCGGCGGUCUGGAAAACGGAAUCACCCAACAAAGAACAGCUUGUGAGCACGGAGUUUCACUCCAGAAGAAGCACUCUGCGAUCAGCGGUGAAGGAAGGUGUUUUACCUGUAGAAAAGCCAGCUGUUCCCGCACAAGAUGAUUGUGAUGACGGUGAAGAAGUGGUGUUAACGGGAAAGGGCAUGGGAGUGGACAGUGAUUCUGAUUGGGCGGCGGAAGACGGUUUAGUGUCUGAUCACUCUGAUGAGGAUGAUGAUCGAGAAUCUGAGGAGGAUAUCUGUGAUAUGAUUACCGAACGUAAACCCGGGCAGAACAGGGGCAAAAGAACGAAGAACAAGACGCAGUACUCUUCGAAUCAGAUGCUGAUGAUAAACGGAAAUGAUUCAACGACAACUACUCCAGAUGUAAGUGGCUCGAGCUCCGAUUUGCCAACGUCUGCCAACGGAGCUGAAAAUUCAGGCGCGCAGCGAGGGGCACCUGUGAGUCGACGGAAGAUGGAGCAGAAGGAAUGCUGCUUUGUGCGGAGCAGGUCUUUGGGUUGCCGACGCAUUAUCAAAAGACUCAUCCAGAGUACCGGGAGAUGAUGUCCAAAGAUUGGCAGUUCGAGUGCCAACAAUGCGGGGAGAAAUGUCUUACGCAGCACGCUCUGGAUAGUCAUAUGCGGUUUAGACAUGAGAAAGGUCAGUGCAUAUAUUGCGCCUUACAAUUUGAGAGUACCAAAGAUUUAAGCAGACAUCUCCCCGAGCAUCAGAAAGACGGCUCUUUUCCCUGUCCAGUGUGCCCGCGGACAUUCCCUCAGUACGC